UGGUGAUCCUCUGCUACUAGACGCGGAAGCCUGUUAAGCGAAAACUUUUUCUAUUCCGUCACACCAUUUGAACCCGCGUUAAUGGACUACAAGGUCAAUUCCGCGAUAAAACAUGCGCCUAAAUAUUGUUGUUGCAGUUUCUGAAAACUGGGGUAUCGGGAAGGGUGGAAAUUUGCCUUGGAAAAUUAAGUAAGGUUCAGCUUCGAUAACAUACCGGGUCGGUUAAUAUUUUAAAGUAACCAUUUAUAAUUAAGACACUCAAAUUUUUCGAUCGAAUAGUUUACAGGGUUUUAGGAGACAAUGGAUACUUUAGGCAGUUCAAGUAGACUAUGUCUUCGUUAAAAAAUUGCCCUUAAAGGAAAGACAUGGAAUUUUUCAAAUCAGUAACAACUAAAGCUCGUCCAGGUCUCAAAAAUGCGGUUGUUAUGGGGAGAGUUACAUGGGAAUCUAUACCAGAGAGCUUCAAACCACUAAAGGAUAGAAUUAACAUAGUGGUAUCAAGCACGCUAUCACACGCACCACCAUGUGUUCUGAUUGUUCCCAAUCUUAAUGCAGUCAUUGACUUGUUAUAUGAUGAAGAAUUCAGCUCCAUAGUAGAUGAGGUUUUUAUCAUUGGUGGGCAUAGCCUUUACAAAGAAGCCUUGAAACAAUCGAUAAUCCCGGUUCGUAUCUAUUGUACGCACAUACUAAAUGAGGUGGACUGCGAUACUUAUUUCCCAAAAGUCGAUUGGGGUAAACUGAAAAAAGUUGAUCUACCAGAUAUACCAGCGGAUACUUUCACAGAGAAUGGAUUUACAUACAAAUUCUGUGUUUAUGACGUUCCAUCCGGACAGUUUAUGUAAUUUAAAUUUAUUAGUAGAUAUCAUGUAAUCAAAUAUUUAGUCUUAAAAUUUUUGAUUUUAAAUACAAAUCGUUUUAUACCUCCCA